UUUCUGUCUACAGAUAGCAUCUUGUUGGAAAUGGCUACUACGAAUCAUUCCUCAAUGACUUACUUUAUCCUUGAAGGGUUAACAAAGCAUCCAGAGCUCCAGCUGCCCCUCUUUCUCUUGUUCCUGGGGAUCUAUGUGGUCACAGUGGUGGGCAACCUGGGCAUGAUUCUCUUGAUUGCCAUCACUUCUCAGCUUCACUCCCCAAUGUAUUACUUUCUCAGUCAUUUGUCCUUCAUUGACCUCUGCUACUCCACUGUCAUCACCCCAAAGAUGCUGGUGAACUUUGUGUCAGAGAAGAACAUCCUCUCCUUUCUUGAGUGCAUGACUCAGCUCUAUUGCUUCCUUAUUUUUGUGAUUGCUGAAGGCUACCUUCUCACAGCCAUGGCAUAUGACCGCUAUGUCGCUAUCUGUAGCCCGUUGCUUUACAAUGUUGUCAUGUCCCAUAAGGUCUGCUCCAUAAUGAUGGCUGUCGUGUACUCCCUGGGUUUGUUUGGGGCUACAGUCCAUACAACUCACAUGUCAAUGCUAUCCUUCUGUGGGCCUCACCUUGUCCGGCACUAUUUUUGUGAUAUCCUCCCCUUGAUGGCGCUUUCUUGCUCCAGCACCCGCAUCAAUGAGAUUCUGCUGUUUAUUAUUGGAGGGGUUAACACCUUGGCACCCACACUGGCUGUGCUUAUCUCCUAUGCUUUCAUCCUUUCUAGCAUCCUCCGUAUUCGCUCUGCCAAGGGUCGAUCCAAAGCCUUUGGCACCUGCAGUUCUCAUCUCAUGGCCGUGGGUAUUUUUUUUGGUUCAAUUACAUUUAUGUAUUUCAAACCCCCUUCCAGCAAUACAAUGGAUCAGGAGAAGGUAUCUUCUGUGUUCUAUACCACAGUGAUCCCCAUGCUGAACCCCCUUAUCUACAGCCUGAGGAACAAGGAUGUGAAAUACGCACUGCAGAGGUUGGUUGGGGAAAAGUCAGCAUCCUGA